AUGAAAACUACCCCGAUUAGUUACCCCAACACAAGUAAACUCCCCAAUGACAAAUACCAGAUUAGUGUUAUGCUCACGCACUUUUUUUCUUUACAAAGAGUUUUACCCAGGCGUAUACAACAAAAAUUUUUUAAUUUUAUCCAAGACAAAUUAAUUGCACGCAAGGCGAUCAUUAUAUCACGUGCUUGUAAAAUAGACUCACGUAACAUUAGCAUUAAAACUUUUUUUAAUUUUACCUACAAAAGAUAUCGCUUUCACUUUGGAAUUUAUACUCCUUGUUCUCAUAAUCAUAUAACCCCCGGAUUCUCUGAUUAUACCCCUGCUAAAAGUAUUUGUAAAGUACCAGCACUGUUCUUGAUGUCCGACUUUAGAAGAGCUUGCGUCUUACAUCAACCUACAUUCUUUAAAAAUGAUAUGUUUACACAUAUUAAAAACCCUAAAAAAGAAUUAAAUAUUGACAUCACAGACCCUUCAAUAACCCCAAAGGCUUAUUAUCAUGCUAACCUUUUAUACACUCACUGGAAUACACACAGAACAAAAAGAAUUUACUCCCAAAGAUCUGGAAUUUCUUACGAAGAAACGAUUCACGCUCAUGAUCGUUAUUCAAUUAAUCACCUUAAUAAUAAACAUAUAUACAGAAAGAGACUUAAUAAUUUUUCCUUUCGAAGAAGUCAUAACCCUCGUGUGAGCAAGACUCAAGAGAUUCGUUUUGAUCGGGCUAAACGACGCAUUUUUCAUAUGAAAGAACACAAUCCUCUCGAUCAUCAGCAACAUCGAUUUGCUACAGCGCAACGAUAUCAGUUUAUGUUUACCGAAUCACAAUUUGUUCUUAAACCCAUCAAACAUCUACUCUACAACCAAGGUCUUCAUCAUAGAAAUUACAAAUUUUGGACGCCUUUUUUUGGACAUCCUGGUAGAAAAAUUAUGACUAACAUCGUUGAGGAUACUCUAUCACUUAAUAUUGUUCAUACGGUGGCCCCGUACAAUCCUAUCCCUAAUAUGUUUAUUCUUCGCAAAUAUCGUAAUAUAAUUCCUAAGGAGCCUCUUUAUACCGCUGAUGGUAUAUAUAUUGUUCCUGGUUCUAGAGAAUGGUUUACUUAUAUGUAUAAUUUACACAUCAACUUGCCUCCACCACUUAUAAAAGCACAACAUCGUGCCUUACGACUUGAGAAUGAGCAUAUCGAAGUAAUUAGAAAAACUAAAGAAGAUGCAAUUCUUCAUGGGACUUCAUUUAAUCGUGUUAAUAGACGAAUACACUUGGCAUUUACGCUAACCUUAGUUAGUGAGCGUGUUCACUAUGAAAUGACGGAUUAUACAAAUGACUACUUGGCAUCUGACGAUGAUAAGAUCAAAUCAGAUAUUUAUGAAAAAAUGACUAAAUUUACCGCAUUAGUGAUUAAGGGAGCUAAAGCGCGUGUUCUUGACAGCAAACUAGCACGUGGCGGCCGUUCUUUCUUUCCUUCAGAAGUGACAGUGGACACUUCUGACGAUGCUAAGGAACUUGAACUCAGACCUAAAAAAAAAAGAAUUUCUUCGCAUACUAACCUUUACCCUUUGAUUGACAACACUGAUCGAUUUAAACGUAGACGUUUCUCUCCUGCCGUUAUGGAUAACUCAACAGGAGCGGAGCUUUAUUAA